UCUCUAGUACCCCUUCUGCCUGUCUCACAGUGUAUUUUGAAAGGUGGGAGAAAAGCUCCUCCCUAGAACUUUCUGGAACUUUCUCCAACUGCCUCCCCAACGACCAACUGCUACAACCUCCUCUCCUGCCACUCCAGGAACUUUCCCCGACACUCUCACACCCUUAAUACUGCCAGACCCUGAUUGUGUAUGGCCCAAAUGCUGGGGCAAACGGGAGAAACUUGAUCCCCUCAUUUUCUCCAGCCCAGAAACCUGCCAAGAUUUCUCACUCCCCUGCUGUCACCACUCAACAGCUCCCACACUGCUCUCGGUGCGCAUGGGCUGGACCAUGAGGCUGGCCAUGGCAGCCCUGAUUCUGAGCCUCACAAUGCUGGUCACCACCGAUGAGGAGGAAAGUGACCGAUGUGUGUACGAGGCCCUGCCUGACACUGACGCUGUUAUCUGCAAGGGCCUUGAAGUUUUCUACCCAGAGUUGGGGAACAUUGGCUGCAUGUUUGUUCCUGACUGCAGUAACUAUAGGCUAAAGAUUACCCACUGGCCCGCGCCAACCGUCAAGUUCCCUCGGGCCUUAGAGGAUGCAACCUACAUCCUGGUGAUGGUGGACCCAGACGCCCCUAGCAGAUCUAAUCCCCAAGCUCAGUUCUGGAGACAUUGGCUGGUGACAGAUAUCAAGGGCAUUGACUUGAAGAAAGGGAAGAUACUGGGCCGGGAGUUAUCGGCCUACCAGCCUCCCAAACCUCCAUCACAAACUGGCUUCCAUCGCUACCAGUUCUUCGUCUAUCUUCAGGGAGGGAAGAGCAUCUCUCUCCUUCCGGAAGAAAACAGAACUCGAGCCUCUUGGAAAAUGGACAGAUUUCUGAACCGCUAUGACCUGAAUGAACCUGAAGCAAGCACCCAGUUCAUGACCGAAAAUUACCAGGACUCUCCAAAUUUCCAGGCUCCGGAAGGAAGAAGCAGUGAGCUCAAGGAGAGACCCAAGCAAAAAUAACUGCCUGCCUGACCUCAGGCUUGGCCUUGCAGGUUGUGUGUCCUGUUGCCCACCAUCGACAGUCUGGGUAUGGAACCCCCUCUGCGUAUGGAACCCCUUUUCUUCCAAAUUAAAAAAGAAAAUAUC